GAGCGUCAACGUCACUGCCAGUUCUGAAUCUUCGAAUAUACAUCUCCAUGUAGCCGCCGACCUAACCUGUUACCGUUUGCAGGUUCAGACGCCGAGUAACACACAAGAAGAGAGAAAUUUACAGUUUUGGCACCAAAGAAACGAUCAUUCAUACAGACCUCAAUCGGAGGCCAUGGGACACGGAGAAAAGGGUCGACCUUUCAAGAAGCUUAAGUCCAAGGAGGAUCAUAAUCAUAAAGCCCCUGUCGUGGAUGACGAUGACGCCUAUUUUGGCGAGGAAUUUGAUGAUGAUUUUCGCGAUGGGGACAAAGAAGGGAAAAAGAGGGAUUUCAGCAAGCUAGAACUUAAACCCGAUCACUUGAACCGGCCGUUGUGGGCUUGUGCUGACGGUCGGAUUUUUCUAGAAACAUUCUCUCCCCUCUACAAACAGGCUUAUGAUUUUCUCAUUGCCAUUGCCGAGCCUGUGUGCAGGCCAGAGAACAUGCAUGAAUACAACUUGACCCCUCACUCAUUAUACGCGGCUGUAUCAGUUGGUCUUGAGACUGAAACAAUUAUAGCUGUCUUGGAUAAAUUGUCAAAAACCAAGCUUCCCAAAGAGAUGAUUGAUUUUAUUCAUGCUUCAACUGCCAAUUAUGGCAAAGUGAAGCUUGUACUUAAGAAGAACCGGUACUUCAUCGAAUCCCUAUUUCCAGAGGUGUUGAAGAGAUUGCUCAAGGAUGAGGUCAUAGGUCGAGCAAGGAUUUCUUCUGAGGGGGUACAAGGAAGUGAUGGAUUCACAAUCAGCAAAUCAAUAGGUGAGAUUGAAAAUGGGCACAGUGAGUUGCUAAACAAGGCAGAAUUGGCAGCAGCAGCUGAAGAAAAAGAAACUCAUUCCUUUGAAAUUGACCCUACUCAGGUUGAAAAUGUGAAGCAACGUUGCUUACCCAAUGCUCUGAACUAUCCCAUGCUGGAAGAGUAUGAUUUUCGAAAUGAUACUGUUAAUCCUGACCUUGACAUGGAAUUGAAGCCUCAAGCACAACCUAGGCCGUAUCAGGAAAAGAGCCUUAGCAAGAUGUUUGGAAAUGGUAGGGCAAGAUCUGGCAUUAUUGUAUUGCCAUGCGGUGCAGGGAAGUCUCUAGUUGGUGUCUCUGCAGCCUGCCGAAUCAAGAAGAGUUGCCUUUGUUUAGCGACAAAUGCUGUUUCUGUGGAUCAGUGGGCAUUCCAGUUUAAGUUGUGGUCAACCAUACGAGAUGAGCACAUAUGUCGGUUCACGUCUGAUAGUAAAGAAAGAUUUCGUGGAAAUGCUGGUGUGGUUGUGACAACCUAUAAUAUGGUUGCUUUUGGUGGUAAACGGUCUGAAGAAUCUGAAAAGAUUAUUGAGGAAAUAAGAAAUAGAGAAUGGGGAUUACUUCUCAUGGAUGAGGUGCAUGUGGUUCCUGCCCACAUGUUUAGAAAGGUUAUCAGCAUUACCAAAUCUCACUGCAAACUAGGGCUUACUGCCACGCUUGUGAGAGAGGAUGAAAGGAUCACAGACUUGAACUUCCUCAUAGGUCCCAAGUUGUAUGAAGCAAAUUGGUUGGAUUUAGUAAAAGGAGGAUUUAUUGCCAAUGUACAGUGUGCUGAAGUUUGGUGUCCCAUGACAAAGGAAUUUUUUGCUGAAUAUCUGAAGAAAGCAAACUCUAAGAAGAAGCAGGCACUAUAUGUGAUGAACCCUAAUAAGUUCAGGGCUUGUGAGUUUCUUAUUCGUUUUCACGAGCAACAACGAGGUGAUAAGAUAAUUGUUUUUGCUGAUAACCUUUUUGCACUGACUGAGUAUGCGAUGAAGCUUCGGAAACCUAUGAUCUAUGGUGCUACCAGUCAUAUUGAAAGGACAAAGAUUCUUGAAGCUUUCAAACUUAGUCGGGAUGUGAAUACUAUUUUCCUUUCAAAGGUUGGUGAUAACUCAAUUGAUAUUCCUGAGGCUAAUGUGAUAAUCCAAAUUUCCUCACAUGCGGGUUCGAGAAGGCAAGAAGCCCAACGACUUGGUCGUAUUCUUAGGGCAAAGGGUCGUCUUCAAGAUAGGAUGGCCGGGGGUAAAGAGGAGUAUAAUGCCUUUUUCUACUCUCUCGUGUCUACUGAUACCCAGGAGAUGUACUACUCAACUAAAAGGCAGCAAUUUUUAAUUGAUCAAGGUUAUAGCUUUAAGGUAAUUACAAGCUUGCCUCCACCUGAUGCGGGAGCUGAUUUGAGUUACCAUCGCCUUGAUGACCAACUUGACCUACUGGGAAAGGUGCUAAGUGCCGGUGACGAUGCAGUUGGACUAGAACUGUUAGAAGAAGAUGCAGAUGACAUUGCCCUCCAGAAAGCGCGCCGCUCUGCAGGAUCUAUGAGUGCCAUGUCCGGAGCCAGUGGCAUGGUUUACAUGGAAUACAAUACUGGACGGAUCAAGCAGCAUGGUCAGGUAAAGGGUAAGCCUAAGGAUCCGUCCAAGAGACAUUUCUUAUUCAAGAAACGCUUUGUCUAAGCAGACUGCUGAACCUGGCAAAUAACGGUUCUACUUCAAUGUAAUUUGAUCUUUGGAUGGCAUUCGGAUAUGUAUAUUAGUGAAGGUAAAUCGAUAUCUUCUUUGUUUCACUUGUUAAUCCUCCAAUUUCUGGUUAAGUAUUAUUGUGCCUCA